AUGACGUCUUCUUCUCCAAAAUCGGUUGUUGUCACUGGUGCGAAUCGUGGAAUUGGACUGACUAUUGUUCAAGAAUUAAUCAAGGAUAAGAAUAUCGAAUUGAUUAUUGCAACGGCGAGAGAUGUCGCGAAAGCAGGGGACCUAAAAUCCAUCAACGACGCACGUCUUCAUAUCCUCCCGUUGGAAGUCACUUGUGACAAGUCCAUCGAUCAAUUUGUGGCCAACACCACUGAAUUAUUGGGAUCCAAUGGUUUGAAUUUGUUGGUGAACAAUGCUGGAGUCAUGAUUCCAUAUCAGACGAAAGGGGAACCCAACCGAGCAGCAUUGGCUGAACAAUUUGAUGUAAACACCAUCAGCAUGGUCAUUCUGACUCAGAAGUUGCUCCCAUUGCUCCGUGAAUCAGCGUUAAAGAGUUCUGGAGACCAAUUAUCGAUUUCUCGCUCUGCAGUUAUCAACAUCUCCUCCGGAUUGGCUUCUAUUUCUCAGAAUAAUCGUGGAUCCGAAAUGCUCCCAAUUCUAGCAUAUUCAAUGAGCAAAACUGCUGUAAAUCAGUUCACAAAAGCGUUUUCUAUUGAUACAAAAGACGAUCAUAUUCUGAGUGUGGCAUUUGCUCCCGGAUGGAUUAAGACAGACAUGGGAACCCAAAAUGCUCAGUUUACGCUCGAAGAGACUAUUCCAACGCUGGUUUCCAGUUUCUACAAGCUCAACAACUCACACAAUGGAGCAUUCUUCCAGAGAGAUCUUACCGUAACCCCAUAUUGA